AUGAAGAUAAACCAGACAAUCCUGAAAGAGUUCAUUCUUGUUGGUUUUUCAGUUUACCCACAUGGACAGACAUUCCUCUUUGUGGUUUUCUUUUGCCUCUACCUUCCCACCCUCACAGGUAAUCUGGCCAUUAUGGGUCUAACUUGGGUGGACAGUCAUCUCCACACACCCAUGUACCUCUUCCUUAGUGUACUCUCCUUCUCUGAGACCUGCUACACACUGACUAUUUUCCCCAAGAUGCUGGCAGAUAUCCUGGCCAAGGACAGAAGCAUUUCUUACAUAGGUUGUGAUUUGCAAAUGUGUUUCUUCUUGGGACUUGGUGGCACUAAUUGUAUGAUUCUUACUGUGAUGGGAUAUGAUCGCUUCCUGGCCGUCUGCAACCCUCUCAGAUAUCCUUUGCUUAUGACCAACAUAAUGUGUGGAAAACUUGUGGCCUCUGCUUGGAUUGUUGGCUUCUUUAUCUCUGUGAUACAGACUUCAUUGAUAUUCAGGGGCUCUUUCUGCAACCCCAACCUUGUCAAACACUUCUUUUGUCAUAUGCGAGCUGUUGUGAGGCUGUCCUGUCUAGAUAGUGACCUCAAGGAAUACAUUGUAACAGCGAUGUCAGUGUCAGGUUUGAUGGGCACCUUCCUGGUCAUCAUCCUCACUUAUGUGUUCAUUCUUUCCACUGUCCUCAAAAUCCCUUCAGCUGAGGGCAAGCAGAGGGCCUUUUCUACCUGUGCCUCCCACCUCACAGUGGUCAUCAUCCACUUUGGUUUUGCAUCUAUUGCUUAUCUGAAGCCAGAAGCAUCAGGGGGAGAUGACACACUCAUAGCAAUCCCCUACACUAUCAUCAAUCCUUUCCUCAGCCCUCUCAUUUUCAGCCUCAGGAAUAAGGACAUGAAGAACGCUUUCAGAAAGGUCCUUGGAAAGACACAUUUCUUGAAUAAGCAAUCUUGGAUUACUGAUGCAUGA